GGUCAACCGGAUGCUGUGGACUAUUUUUUAUUUUCGAUGUAUUGCAUUCUUUGUACCUUUAUUUCCGCACGUAUCUGACAGCGGAUGAUAAUUUUGCUGUACAAUUUCAUCAUAUAUCUGACAUCACACCAGUUCAAGUUUUUAUUCAGUUCUCUUCAGAACUAUUUUAAUUGCGCGAUAUCACUGCACCAGGAAGAUCCGCCAUCAAGGAAAAACAUAAAAUUUGUGACAAGAAGAUGUGAUUUAUUCUUAAAGAAAAGAGUGACGACAUAUGUUGACUGGUGAUAUUUUAUACUUGUACAUACAUGACUGCUUUAACGUUGUUGAUAACGUUGUUUUAUUGUUUUUUGUAUUGAAAAAAAUGACAUUGUAACCUAGCAAUUGAAAGUCUUUUUUUUUUUGAAAUUAUUUUAUUUAGUGAAAUGAUGUGAUCAGUUUACACGGAUUAGUUACUGAUUUGAAAGUUAAUCUGAAAAUAUGGAUGUAGUUAGGUCACUUGUCAGCAAAAACAAGAGACGCUACAAGGAGGAUGGUUUUGAUCUUGAUUUGACUUAUAUAUACCCCAACAUUAUAGCAAUGGGGUUUCCAGCAGAGAAACUAGAAGGUGUCUACAGAAACCACGUGGAUGAUGUUCUCAGGUUUCUGGACUCCAAGCACAAAGACCAUUACAGAGUGUAUAAUUUGUGUUCAGAGAGAAAGUAUGAUGGGACAAAGUUCCACAAUCGUGUUGUUAUGUAUCCCUUUGAAGACCAUCACCCUCCACCCCUGGAACUGAUCAAACCCUUCUGUGAGGAACUCGACACAUGGCUACACACGGAUCAGAAAAACAUUGCAGCCAUCCAUUGUAAGGCUGGCAAGGGGAGAACAGGGGUGAUGAUUUGUGCAUAUUUGUUGCACAGAAGAAGGUUCAUUGAUGCCAAGACUUGUCUAGACUACUAUGGUAAAACUAGGACAAGGGAUGGAAAGGGUGUGACUAUACCCAGUCAGAGAAGAUAUGUAGAGUAUUAUGGAGAGUUGAUGAAACACAAUGUAUCAUAUGAAAGAAAAACUCUACUAUUCACAAAAGUGAAGUUCAUUACCGUACCUCAUCUAAAUAAUGGCACCUGCAAUGUGUUCUAUGAUAUAUUUGCAAAUAAAGUUAAGCUUGGUUCAUCAGCAUUGUUCGAGGGUCAGCAGUCAAAGAUGGGUACAACAUUAGAAAUGCCACUUUCAAAAUCUGUUAUUGUGUGUGGUGAUUGUUGUGUGGACUUCUUCCACAAACCUCCGCGGAUAGGGAAGAAGGAGCGGAUAUUUCAGUGUUGGUUUAACACGUUCUUCAUAAAGGAUGAGGAAUACUGUGAAGACGAGAAUGGAAAGAAGAAACGAUACUUGACACUCACAAUGACCAAAACAGAACUAGAUAAAGCUAACAAAGAUAAAACAAACAAAAUCUAUAAAAAGGAUUUCAAGGUGGUGUUCUAUUUUGAAUACCCAAUUGAUGGAACAUAUAUCAACAAUCCAAAUGGUGUUAAUAGAUCUCGGACUGAAGAUAGUUUAUUUACAAGACCCAUCGCUAGGAACGGUAAUACCAGUAACGGCAGUAUUAGAGGAAUUGGUGCCAAACCAAGUGUUACAAGAGGUUCGCCGGUUGAACCUAUGAGUAGACUACAUGUUUCUGAAAGUGAACCGGAGUGUGACUCAAAUACGGUUCCUGGUCGGAAGGCUCCUCCAACAACUUCUCAGUCGUAUCCGGAACUAGGGAAGUUGGAGAACACUAGUACUUUAGUAAAUGCACAAAAACAUCUACAAGUCAUAAAUAAACAUACCAAACCUCAGAAAUUGUCACCUACAGGUGAUCGAAGAGGAAGAUACUUGCCCGAUACAAAUAGUGACAAUGAUAUGGCGUCAACGGGUGAAAGUGAACAGGAGGAUAAUUUCUCGGACAGUGACACGGAUGAUGAAUGGGAUGGAUGUGAAGUGACGGCUGUAUAGUGAUGUUUUUAUUUGCUGUCUCAUACAGGAAGUUAAAGCAUAAUAGGUUAAUGAAAUAUUUAUAGAACGGCUAUACCUGUAUGAGGCAGUACAGAUUGUUAAUGUGAUGAAUGUAUGGCAGCUUAAAAGUAAAAUGAAGUCACCUUUGAGUGAUAAAAGCAUGUUUUGAUAAAUACAACUGGUUAUGGCUUUAAGAGCAGAAAAAAAUUAAACAUAUGUGGGAUAUAAGCAACUAACUAAAUUUAAAUGCAUUUAUUUUUACAGACAUAGCAGUAUAAAUAUUAGUACAGGAGUUGUGAAAGGGCCAUUUUGUUUUUCUGGGACUUUUUCGUUGUAAAUUUUGCCUGUUGUAGAUAAAUUGCAAUUAAAUUAAUUAAUCAAGGCCUCAACUAAAAGUUAAUAAUUUUUAAUGCUAAUUUAGUUUAUAUCACUGGAUUUAACAAACUAGUCUACUAUUAUUUCAAAUCAUGUUUCAAGGAUAUGGCAUUUUUGUCAUAUUUGCUUAUUAUUGUCACCAGGGGUGAUAAUGAUCUUUCUUUUAUAUGAUGCAGAAAAAGUUACCUGUUUGGUGGAAACAGUACAAAUUUCACAACAAAAAAAAGUUGUGGAGAACUAUUUCAAACAAGCCUUAGUGAAAGACAUGAACUGUGUUACAGGUCCUAGCCAAUACCAGAACCUGUAAUUUUCCAGCAUUGGCAAGUCACACAUUUUUAGUUUAAAAUUAAAUCACAUGUUGUUAACACAUAGUACUUUUUUCUAUAGCCUUUCACAUGUAAGUUUUGAUAUAGAAAAUGUGGCAUUAUCCAAAAAGGUUUAAUUUUGAACUUUCAGAUCAUUUCAUUUUUUGAAUAAAUUGUAUAUAUUUUCACUUAUAUAUCAUUGCCAAAAUAGAAAGUUUUUGUUUUAGUAGGAAAAAACUGUAAAAUACUAUGUUAUAUUAAGCAAGUUCGUAUCCAGAAGUGGACUGUUCUCACGUGUACAGUGCUCCUUAAAUCGUGUUCUAAAGUCUUUUCUUAUCUGAAUGUUCUAACUUAAAGUAAGCUUUUGGGCAGAAAUAUGUUUGUAUUUAGAUGUACCGUAUUUGCCUAGGAUAUUGUUCAAGCAUCCAAUUUUAUAUUCAGUCUGUGACAGUUGAUUAAAUGACCAUAAUUUCCUUUCUCAGGGAAAAAAUAUAUGAAAAACUUUUAAUAACAUUAAGUGCAGGAAGAAAUUAUUUCAAAUAUGUAAAACAGUCUGAAGAGCUUGUAGUAUAUUUGUGAUAAUAGAAAAAAUUGUUUGCCUGAGGAUUUUGAGACACCUCAAUUUUACCUUUUUACUACCACAAGAAAUAAAGAAAUUUCAUAAAAUAUUAACCUAAUUGUUAAUUUUUAUUGAAGCAAACUUAUUUUAUUUCCAAGUACAGGACAAAAGGAAGUAAAAAAAUUAGCCUAAUUUUUGUUGGAGUGAAUGUAAACAUUUUUACUUCUAAAUAAAGAUGAGAUAUGUUAAUUGAGGAAGUAAAAUGAACAUGACUGUAGUUGAUACAUAUAGAGAGAGAUUUGAAAUCCUGAUAGCUGUAAGUGGUAUGUAAGUAGUGUCGUAUACAGGUUGAAUACUAUUACUCAUGUUUAUUUAAAAUAAAUCACACCAUAUCCUUUGAUAAACUAUAAUUGAAAUUUUGUGGUUUUAUAAAUAGUCUUUACAGAAAGUUGAAGAAAAAAAAGAGGGAAACUUGGGAGAAAACAUUUUCUAGAAGGUAACACUCUGAUAGGUGAAACGGUAGUAUGAAAUGAGUCAAUUUAUAUUAAGAUAAUUAACCUUUAGCCUGCUUGCUGCAAGUGAUUCUGCCUUUGCAACCAGUGCAGACCAAGAUCCAUGCAGGCUGUUCCUGGUCUACACUGUUCGCUAUUCAUUCAAUAAAUUUUCGGUGAAAUCCCAUUCAAAUAAUAAAUGGUAUUGUCUAAUUCGUAUGAUGGACCAGUCAAUUUUAAAAAUUCAGCAGACUAAAGGUUAAAAAUUUAUUUUACAGCUACACACCAUUUGUCAGUAACUCACCAGCUUUUGACUUGUAAUGUGUAGUGACUUUUUCAACUGAGAUUUCAAGUUUGACUUUGAACAGGAAACAUUUUACAAAACUUAAUAAUAGGACACGGAAGAAAGCCCUUAGAUGAUUAGAUAAACUCUGAUGUGAUGAAGUUGAACUUUAUCCAGUUAUGUCAAAAAAGGAUACUUAAAAAUAAUACAAAUUUAAUCUUUCGUUCUCUCUGUGAACAAUGUCUUUCAGAAUUUUUUCUUUAUUUUGUCUAGGAAAAAUAAAUUAAGAUUUUUGAAUGUAAAACAAUUUAGUUACACAUGUUUAACUUAACAUGAUAGCAAUCUUGCGAAGGUUUUCAGUCAACACAGUAAUUAUGCUGUACAUAUAUUACAUGGCAUUACUUUGAAUAUGUGCCCAUUUUCAGCUUAACACUCAUAGAAAUUUCAUUUUAUGUAUUUUGAAUUAAAAUGUAUAUUUUUAUAUGUUCUCAUCUUUGUGUAUAUUAAUAGACUAAAUCAAAAAAGAUCAAUAUUUAGUGAUAUCAAUAAAUCAUGUUUAUAUUCUGUUGUUAAACAUUAGCACUACAAUGGCAUGAUAGUAUUUUAGCAACAGUAUUUAAGUGCUAAUUUAUCUCAGAUAUGUAAUCUGCAUGUUUUUUAUAAGAUUUUUUUUAUAUUGAGUGCAUGGCAGUCCAGAUUUAGUCUUUUAUAAGAUUGGGUAAUGUGUUUGGAAGGGGUUAUUUUGCAGUCGGAGCAACAUGCAAAUUCAAACCUAUUGUGAAUAAUGAAUAGCAUUAUCUCCAGUAGUAUGAAGCCAGAAUUUUGAAUUAAGUGUGCUGUCUAUCAAACUGAAAUAAUAGUGACAAGAAAAUUACCCAAUAAUCAGUAUUUUAUCAUAAAACAAUGAUCUUUUGAUGAAAGUUAAGCCAAAAGUUAUUAACAGAGUAUCUUAGAUUAGAAAGGAUGUUUAGUUGAACUUUCAGCAUUUAAAAAAAAUUGCUUGUCAGAAAGACAUGACCCACUAAACAAUACUGUCAGUGAGGAUUUUGAAGGGCAUUUGAUGUUAGCAGUUUGUUUCAAAAAGUUCUUUCUGUAUUUCCAAAAUCUGAUGUUUAGCAAAUAAAUAAUGUGGACAGUUCCAGUAGAUGUUAUCAGUACUUUAUUGUUGUUUUUCUUGUUCAAAAAUAUUCCUGUUAUAAAUGUGUUUGUGAACUUUGCCAGGCACCUUUUAACCUUCAGCCUGCUGGCGGCAAGUGAUUCUGCCUUUGCGAAAAGUGCAGACCAAGAUCAGCUUGCACAUCUGUGCAGGCUGAUCAUGUUCUGCACUGUUCGCUAUUCAGUCAGUAGAUUUUCAAUGAAGACCCCUUUGAAUAAUAAGUGGUACUGCCCAAAUUGAAUGAUAGACCAGUCCAUUUUAGAAAUUUAGCAGAGUAAAGGUUAAACAUUGGAAGCGAUUAUGUUAUAUACAUCUCUGAAGAUGAGGGAAACAUUUCUCUGCAUUUUUUUCUGUAAUUAAUUUCAGGCUGUCUUUCUCUAGAGGAAAUUACAUUAACCAAAGCUAUCACCAUUUUAUGAUCUCUGCCGCAGUAAUUGUAUUUUAUGUACAUUCUCGUCUAGUUUGUAGUAGAUGACUGAAUAGGUUGGACUAAAAGAAGCUGUGUAAUCAAUUACGAUUUUUGUUGUGUAAAUAUCUAAACAUUUUUGCAGGGAUUUAGCAUUUGAAAAAUAGUUGAUUCACAUGAAUAUUGUAUAAUAUGUAUAUUUAAAGCUAUAUUGAACAAAAUGUAUUCCACCGCUUUUGGAAUAAAAAAUCUUAAGGAAAACAAAAAUUGAAUUCUUCUGUAACAAGCACAACACUUGUUACUCGGGUUGAUAUUAAAUAUGUGUAAUUGUGAGAAAAUCCUAUAAAUAGUAACAAGCAUCUGUUUUACUUCAAACUUAGGAUUUACAAAUGAUGUAAAAUUUUGUUUGUUUAAAUUUUGUGAAAUUAUCAAUGUUCAGAAUGUUAAAACCUCAGAUACUUGUUAAAAUGAAAAAAAAAUCACACACACAAAAAUCACAUAUACAUGGACCUGUGGACCUGCACAAAUAUGAAAUUACUACCUCUCUAAAAUCUUAGAACUAUGUAAAGCCAAAUAUCUACAUAGGGCGAAUCACAGUUGAAGUCUUACCAGUAUACUUAAAUCUUGUAUAUUUUUUAGCUUGACUAUUCAAAGAAUAGUCUAGCUAUUCUAUUCACCCUGACGUCGGCGUCACACCUUGGUUAAGUUUUUGCAUGCAAGUACAUACAGCUAUCAUUUAAAGGCAUAUAGCUUUGAAACUUAUUUUUUUCUUUUUCUAGGUCAAUUACCAAUCUCACUGGGUCAAGUCCCAUAACUCUGACAUGUAUUUUGGGCAAAUUAUGCCCACUUUUGGACAUUGAAAAUUCUGGUUAAAGUUUUACAUGCAAGUUGCUAUCUCCAAAACUAAUGCAGAUAUUGAAUUAAAACUUCACAUGUGCCUUCGGGGUUAUAAAACUAGUUGAUAGCACCAAGUCCAAUAAUUCUGACCUUCAUUUUGGCCAAAUUAUGCCCCCUUUUGAACUUAAAACUCUUGAUAUUUAACAUUUUGGAUAAUAUUUUCCUGCUUCUGGGACAAUAUUUCGAAUACGGACAGCUCUUGUUAAUUCUGUUAUUGUAGAUAACUUAUAAAUAAUUGGGACUACAUACAUGGAGAUUUUUUUUGGCUUAGAAAUGUUUCAUAGCCUUUAAACAAUUGAAAAUUGAUCAAAAACUAAAGCUCUGUAGUGAAGUUUUGUUCAUUCAUACCUUACUUCACCAUCCCUAUCCCAAGAUCAGAUAGGUGCCCGUCUGUGAUGAAAUAAUGCACAGAAGGGUACCUGGGGUCUUCCUCCACCAUUAAAGCUGGAAAGUCAUAUGACAUAUAAUUGUGUCAGUGUGACAUUAAACCCAACAAGAUGAGAUAAACUGUUCUCUUUAUUUUAUAGUUUUGAUAAAUAUUUAUCUGGUUUCAAGGUAUUUGUUAGUGAUAAAUCUAUUGUUUCUGAGAAAGAAUUUACAUAUAAAACAAACAUUUAGUUACUGAUAUGUAGUGACUUUAGUUACUGGUAUGCAGUGACUAUCAGCAGAGGAGAAUAAAACAGAUAUAUAUUGCCAUACUUAUCAAAUGAAAUCAUCAAAAUAAUGUUUGUCUUCCUGUCUAGUUGUUAAGAUUUGUAUUACUUUUUGUGUUAUAUAAGCUUUGACUCUUUUUGUUUUUAUGUCCCCGAAGGGAGGCGUAUUAGUUUUCAACUGUCGGUACGUGCGUUCCUUCGUUCGUCACAAUGUUAACUUUUUGCAUGAAGGCACUUUACUAGCGAACCAGGACCUUCAAACUUCACAUGCUGAUAGUACUUAUUGAGUACACCACCCUAUUGACCUAGGGGUCACCAGGUCAAGGUCACAGGGGCCAACGUUAACUUUUUGCAUGAAGGCACUUUACUCGCGAACCACUGCACCCAGGAC